GAGUUUCUUUUUAAUUUCAGUCAAACAGUACAGAAAUGGAUAAUGUUGUUACUGGUACUGAUGUACAACAACAGCCGUCCAGAGAAAUGAUCGAUGGGAAAGCUUCGCAAAACAACAGCGGAGUAGAUAAUAAUUUCGAUGUUGAUUCGCAACAGCCAUCAUCCAGCAGAAUAAUGUGCCUGACAACGCCGGAUCCCAAUUUUACUAUUUCCACUGAUGAUCUUGAGGAUGGAGAAAACGAACUUCUUAACUUUGAAGAUUCAGGAAGCGAAUAUGAUCCGGAAGAAGUUGAUGAAUCUGAAUCUAAAAAAUCUGACUCUGUAGACUCUGAAGAGCAAGAACUUGAAGAACCAGAAGAAGAAGAACGAAACGAACAAAAGGGCCGGCCAAAAAAAGGAAGACCUAUAAAAUAUCAAGGACAGACUUUUAAGAGUAGAAAAAAAUUAAAAGACGCCAACAGGAAACAUUACAUAGUAAAAGGAAAACUGGUAGAGCCAAAAAAAUUUAUAGAUUUUCAGUGCAAGUGUACAUUAAAAUGUACCGAAAAUGUUUCUUCUUCCAUUAGAGAAAAAUGGUUUCAGCAAUUCUGGGACCUUGAAUCUUAUAAUGCUCAAACAGCUUUUAUUGCUGCUACAAUAAAAGUUCAUGGCAUAAAAAGAAAACGAAAUAAAGAUAGCAAUAGAAGACAAAAUACCAGGAUUUAUGAAAUAAAUAAUGUAAGGGUUUGCAGAGAUAUGUAUACUCAAACAUUAAGAAUUUCUCCAAAAAGAGUAAACACAGCAUUAAACAAAAUCCAAACAGGAAAUGUCAAAGAUAAAAGAGGUUUUAAAAUCUGUGGUUUCAACAAGAUAUCUGAAGAAAUAGAAAAUAAAGUAAAAAUUCAAAUAGCUAAAUUUCCAACAUACAUUUCAUAUUAUUGCAAAAAUAAUGAUGUAGAGGCAAAGUUUUUGGCAACAGAUCUAACACUAAGCAAAAUGUUUAAUUUAUUUAUUGAGGAAGAAACUAAAGAUAAGAUAGGAUUUUCAACAUAUAAGUCAAUUUUCUACAAAAACUUUAAUCUACGACGCAAACCACCCUUAAAAGACACUUGCAAUACAUGCGAUUCUUUUAACAUUAAAAUAAAAAAUAAUGAUGAUUUAAAGGAACAAUAUAAAUUGGAACAUGAAAAUCACCUAGAUACCGCAAACGAAGCACGUGAAGCGAUGAAGUGUGAUCUGAAGCGAGCAAAAAAUAAUGCAAAACUUGAAGCUGUAACAUACGAUAUGGAAAAAGUUUUGGGCUUACCCAAGUUGCCAACUAAUUUGGUAUAUUAUAAACGGCAACCUUCAAUUUACCACGAAGGAGUACAUGCAGGAUCAACCGAUACGCCAUAUUGCUUUAUUUGGACAGAGGCAAUUGCGGGUCGUGGAGCUCAAGAAGUGGGUUCUUGCUUUAAAAAAUUUAUUGAUAAUUAUUUAGUUCAAGGAAAAGAGGAAUUGAUUUUAUGGUCCGACUCGUGCGGUGGACAAAAUCGAAACAUAAAAAUUGUUUUGCUAUUAAAAGCUAUACUAGAAACUCACCCUUGUUUAAAAACUUGUUACAGGUUAAAAUUGGCAUUUUAUGCUCUUUAUUAAAAGCACUGAUUACAGUUAUAUUUUCAAAAUAGAUAUUUUACAAAUAUUAA